AUGGAAGAAGAGAUCUUCUACUGGUUUAAGCUACUUGUCAUCUCUCUCAUAGUGUUGGUGUUUCUGGUAAAGGCUAUGAUUUUUCUUUGGUGGAGACCUCGGAAGAUUGAAGAACACUUCUCUAAGCAAGGUAUCAGAGGACCCCCUUAUCGGUUCUUCAUAGGCAAUGCCAAGGAACUUAUGAGUCUAAUGGUGAAGGCCUCUUCUCAACCCAUGCCUUUGUCUCACAACAUACUUCCUAGAGUCCUCUCCUUCUACCACCACUGGAAGAAAAUUUAUGGUGCAACAUUUCUGGUGUGGUUCGGGCCGACAGUUCGCCUCACCGUCGCCGAUCCCGACCUUAUUCGAGAAAUCUUCACUUCAAAGUCUGAAUUUUAUGAGAAGUAUGAGGCUCAUCCACUUAUCAAACAGCUUGAAGGCGAUGGACUUCUAAGCCUCAAAGGUGAAAAAUGGGCUCACCACAGAAAAAUCAUCACCCCUACCUUUCAUGUGGAAAAUCUAAAAUUACUAAUGCCGGUGGCUGCACGAAGUGUGAUUGAGAUGCUGGAGAAAUGGUCGGCUAUGUCAGAUUCCGGCGAGGUAGAAAUUGAAGUCUGCGAAUGGUUCCAAAAUUUGACAGAAGAUAUUGUUAACCGAACAACCUUUGGCCGCAGUUAUGAAGAAGGAAAAGCAAUUUUCCGGCUACAAGCUCAACAAAUGGUGCUAGCUUCCGAAGCCUUCCAAAAAGUUUUCAUCCCUGGUUAUAGGUUUUUGCCCACGAAGAGGAAUAUGAAAUCAUGGAAAUUAGACAAGGAAAUCAAGAAAUCUUUAAUGCAGGUCAUAGAGCAGAGGAGAGAGAAUUGGAGAAACGAAAUCCUGGAAAAUGGUCCGAAGGAUUUGCUAGGACUCAUGAUCCAAGCAAGCACGAAGGAAUCCUUCAAGAGGACGGAAAUCAAUUCCUCUCCCAAAUCAAUUAUCACAGUGAAUGACAUUGCUGAAGAGUGCAAGAGCUUCUUCUUUGCUGGCGAACAAACGACGUCGAAUUUGCUGACGUGGACCACCGUCCUGCUAGCUAUGCACCCAGAGUGGCAGUCUUUGGCACGUGACGAGGUGCUCAUGGUGUGCGGAUCACGUGACGUACCCACCAAAGACGACGUCGUCAAGCUUAAGACGCUGAGCAUGAUUCUCAAUGAGUCCUUGCGACUUUACCCUCCGAUCGUUGCGACGAUCAGACGGGCAAAAGCCGAUGUGGAGCUUGGGGAAUAUAAGAUCCCUCGUGGGACCGAACUUUUAAUACCGAUCUUGGCCGUUCAUCAUGAUCAGGCAAUAUGGGGGACUGAUGCUAAUGUGUUCAACCCGGCCCGAUUUUCCGAAGGGGUGGCCCGCGCAGCAAAGCAUCCUGUGGCGUUCAUUCCCUUCGGCCUUGGGGUCCGCCAAUGCAUUGGCCAAAAUCUAGCAACCCUACAAGCAAAAUUAACACUUGCCAUCAUACUACAACGAUUCUCUCUCCGCUUGGCCCCACGAUAUCAGCACGCACCAACGGUGUUGAUGCUUCUCUACCCACAAUAUGGUGCACCAAUCAUCUUUCGACAUCUGCCUGAUCCUGAGAUUUCUCAAGAUCAAGGGUACUAA